GGCAGAAAUUAGUUAACAAGCGCACAGACGAUUUGUGAAAGUUUAAGACAAUUCAGAAGAAGAGAGACUAAAUCUUAGCUCGAAAUCACAAAAAGUGAAAGAAGAACUUUGUAUUACGAAUACUAGAAACAAAUUAAAGUGCAUUUUAAGGAAGUUUUUAAUAUAGACAGAAAAGUGAAAAUUACAAAAUGCCUGCCAGUGCCAAGGAAAUAGCUGUCGGAAUUGAUUUAGGUACAACGUAUUCCUGCGUCGGUGUAUUCCAGCAUGGCAAAGUGGAAAUCAUCGCCAACGACCAAGGUAACCGCACAACUCCAAGUUACGUUGCAUUCACGGAUUCUGAGAGACUCAUAGGCGAUGCUGCAAAAAACCAAGUUGCCUUAAAUCCAAGUAACACAAUUUUCGAUGCUAAACGACUCAUUGGAAGAAAAUUCACUGAUGACACUGUACAGAAGGAUAUGAAACACUGGCCUUUCAAAGUUAUUAGUGAUGGGGGCAAACCGAAAGUACAAGCCGAAUAUAAAAAUGAAAUGAAAAUUUUCUCCCCAGAAGAAAUCAGCUCCAUGGUUUUGACCAAGAUGAAAGAAACCGCCGAAGCCUAUAUGGGCCAGAAGAUUAAAUCUGCAGUUAUUACUGUGCCUGCAUAUUUUAAUGACUCUCAGAGACAGGCUACCAAAGAUGCAGGCGCCAUUGCCGGUCUCAAUGUUUUGAGAAUCAUCAAUGAACCAACUGCCGCAGCUUUAGCCUAUGGAUUAGACAAAAACCUAGCAGGAGAGAAAAACGUUUUGAUAUUUGAUCUUGGAGGUGGAACCUUUGAUGUGUCCAUUUUAACCAUUGAUGAAGGGUCUUUGUUUGAAGUCAAAUCUACGGCAGGAGAUACCCAUCUUGGAGGAGAAGAUUUUGAUCAGAGAAUGGUACAGCAUUUUAUACAAGAAUUCCAAAGAAAGUACAAAAAAGACAUGUCCAAAAAUUCCAGAGCUUUACGACGGCUGAGAACGAGCUGCGAAAGAGCUAAACGAACUCUUUCCAGCAGUGCUGAAGCCAGUAUUGAGAUAGAUUCACUGUUUGAAGGAAUUGACUUUUACACAAAGAUUUCGCGAGCAAGAUUUGAAGACUUGUGCUCUGACUUGUUCCGUGGCACUAUGGAACCAGUGGAGAAAGCUUUGAAUGAUGCAAAAUUGGAUAAAUCCAAAAUUCACGAAGUUGUGCUGGUUGGAGGAUCUACCAGAAUCCCUAAGAUUCAGAAACUUCUCCAAGAUUUUAUGAAUGGAAAAGAAUUGAACAAAUCUAUCAAUCCCGAUGAAGCUGUAGCAUAUGGUGCUGCUGUCCAAGCGGCUAUCCUAACCGGUGACACUAGUGAUGCUAUCAAAGAUGUACUGUUGGUCGAUGUGGCACCUCUUUCCCUUGGAAUUGAAACAGCUGGUGGAGUCAUGACGAAACUUAUUGAACGCAAUACCAGAAUCCCUGCAAAAGCUAGCAACACCUUUACAACUUAUUCAGAUAACCAGCCUGGUGUCUCUAUUCAGGUAUUUGAAGGUGAAAGAGCUAUGACCAAAGACAACAACCAGUUAGGAAAAUUUGAGCUCUCGGGAAUUCCUCCAGCACCCAGAGGUGUUCCUCAGAUUGAUGUUACCUUUGACAUUGAUGCCAACGGAAUCUUAAAUGUGUCUGCAGUGGACAAGAGUACUGGUAAAUCCAAUAAAAUCACCAUUACAAAUAAUAAAGGAAGAUUAAGUCGGGAGGAGAUUGAACGAAUGGUAAACGAAGCUGAGAAAUACAAGGACGAAGAUGAAAAACAGAGAGCAAAAAUGACUGCUAGAAAUCAACUUGAAUCCUAUGUGUACUCUAUUAAACAAGCUGUUGAUGAUGCGGGAGUUAAAUUAGACUCCGGGGACAAAGACGCUGUUACAAAAGCUUGUGAUGACACCAUUAAAUGGUUAGAUCAAAACGCUUUAGCUGAUGUGGAUGAAUAUGACUAUAAAAAAAAUGAACUACAGAAAGUCUGUUCUCCUAUCAUGAGUAAAUUACAUGGCCAGAGUGCUGGUGGACAAGGUGGACAGGGACAGCACCAAUCUGGUGGUGGUCAGGGACCUACAGUUGAAGAAGUGGACUAAGUGCUCGAACGCCUUUAUAAACAAAUUAUGUGUGUAUCGUGCCACUUCUUGUCCUAUUUGUGAUAUAGUAUGCUUUCAUGCCCGAUCUGUUUUAUACUCAGUAUUAAAAUUACAAACUUGACUUAUUUUGUCAAUAAACCUUAUGUGAUCGUGAAAACAAACAGGAUAUGAAUUUUGCUCAUUUUAUUAUUUCAAUGGUAAUGAAGGACUUUACCAGUAUGUAUUGUAUGGACUGAGACUGUUGCAAUGUAUAUAGUUUAGUUUUUGUUCAAUGUUCGAUCGUUGCGGUUGUUAAUUCAAAGUAAUUCAAUUGUGAAUGUUACCGUGUAUAUAGUUAUUGUUUGUUCAAUGUUGGAUCAUUGUUAUUGUUAAUUUAAAGUUUAACUGAAAAGUUGUAAAAACUAUGUAUGUCAAGAUCUGACAUUUAAUCCUUUGAUUUUGUGCCUAGCAAAUUGUUACAAUAAAAUGGAUUAAUUACAAAAUAA